UAGCCCUAGCUCAUUAUUCGAAACGUACGAACGGUAACUAUAUACAACAACAUAAUCAACCAUAAACCAUUAAUAUGGAAGAACCACAACCUGGUUUUCGUUUCUAUCCAACCGAACAAGAGUUAGUUGGCUUCUAUCUACACAACCAGCUAGAAGGACAAAAGCAAGAAGACAUCAAUAAAGUCAUCCCUGUCAUUGAUAUCAAUGGCAAAGAGCCAUGGACUCUUCCAACAUUUGCAGGAAAACGAUGUCGUGGAGAAACGGAGCAAUGGUUUUUCUUUUCACCAAGACAAGAAAGAGAGAUGAGAGGAGGAAGACCGAGCAGAACAACAUCUUCUGGAUAUUGGAAAGCUACUGGUUCUCCUAGCUAUGUUUACUCUUCUAACAACAAAGCGAUUGGGAUAAAGAAAAGCAUGGUGUUUUACGAAGGGAAAGCUCCUUCUGGAAGGAAAACUAAAUGGAAGAUGCAUGAAUAUAAAGCCAUUGAACACUUUGACUCUUCUAACACAAACCCUCCUAAGUUACGACACGAAUUCAGCUUGUGUCGCAUUUAUGUGAUAUCGGGAAGUUUUAGUUCAUUCGAUCGUCGACCAUUAGAGAGACCAAGCAUGGAGUUACAACUUGAUCAUAGUGUUUCAACAAGUGCUCAACAAGUGGUAUCAGAGAUUGAUGAAUCAAAUCUGCAUGCAACUUCCCGUUCGGAAGGAAUAGGAAGAGAUCAUGAUGGUGUUCUUAUGGGAGGGUCAAGUGGUACAAAUUGGAAUGAUGUAGCAAAUAAUGGGGUUGAUGAAUCUGAACCUCUUUGGGAAUGGGAACAACUAAAUUGGAUCUAACCUUAUAAGUCAAACCAUGCAUGCACAGACCAAUUCUUUGUGUUUGGAAAACAUGACCAACAGAGAGAGAAUAUUUGAAUAAGAAGCAUUAGACAAUAUAUUCAAAACGGAUUAAUAAUUAUAAUGGAUCGGAAUCAAACAAGAGAGCAGUGACUUUGAUGGCUAUUGAGUGGUCUUUAGAGCUUAGCAAUUUUACCAUUGAAGUAGAUACAUGUGGCAUUCUCGUUGUUUAAAUAUUUGUGUAAGAACAUCUUCAAUGGAGGUUGUGCAGACUAGAAUUCAUAAGUUCCGAAACAUAGCAUUUUUAUCAUUGGAGUAGAUACACGCGGUGUUCUCGUUGCUUAAAUAUUUGUGUAAGUUACUUCAUGAAGCAAUUCAAAAAGUGUGUUGCUAAGCAUUAAAUAAUAUUAAUUUUGAUGAUUGGUGGGGCCAAAUAUAAAUUGAUUGGGCCACAUGUAGAUUGCUUAUUCAAA